AUGUCUGCAACCACAUUGAAGGGCCAGCCCCUCGACAAGGCCGUCCUUGACGCCAUGUUGAGGCGGCGCAUGUUCUACACUCCCUCUUUCGAGAUUUAUGGUGGCGUCGGCGGUCUCUACGACUUUGGCCCCCCAGGCUGCUCUCUCCUCACCAACAUCACAGACAUCUGGCGCAAGCACUUCAUCCUCGAGGAGGACAUGCUCGAGGUGGACUGCACCGUGCUGACCCCUCACGAAGUCCUCAAGACCUCUGGCCAUGUAGACAAAUUCGCCGACUGGAUGUGCAAGGACCCCAAAAACGGCGAGAUUCUGAGAGCCGACCACUUUGUCGAGGCUGUACUGGAGGCAAGGCUCAAGGGUGACAAGGAAGCCCGUGGCGUCAAGGUGGAAGAGAAGGAUGACCCCAAGAAGAAGAAGAAGAAGGCCAAGUCGGAGGCCAUCAAGUUGGACGACGCACUUGUGCAGGAGUACGAAGAGGUUCUUGCCAGGAUCGACAACUAUGGCGGCCCCGAGCUCGGUGAGCUAAUCAAAAAGUACGACUUGCGGAAUCCCGAAACGGGCGAGAUGCCCUCGGACCCCGUCUCCUUCAACCUAAUGUUCCAGACUACCAUCGGCCCAAGCAGCAACUCGCCCGGCUACCUGCGCCCCGAGACUGCUCAGGGUCAGUUUCUCAACUUUGCCAAGCUGCUCGAGUUUAACCAGGGUGGUAUGCCCUUUGCCUCUGCAUCCAUUGGCAAAUCGUACCGCAACGAGAUUUCGCCCCGUGCCGGUCUUUUGCGUGUUCGCGAAUUCUUGAUGGCUGAGAUUGAGCAUUUCGUCGACCCUCAGGGCGGCAAGAAACACCACCGUUUCCCUGACGUGGAGGAUGUCGAGCUCGUCUUCCUCGACCGUGAGACCCAGCUGGCUGGAAAGACAGAGACGAGAAAGGUGGCUGUUGGGGAGGCUGUCAAGUCCUGCCUAGUCGAUAACGAGACUCUGGGCUACUUCCUCGCUCGUAUUCAUCUUUUUCUCGCCAAGAUUGGUGUUGACCAGUCGAAGCUGCGUUUCCGUCAGCACAUGCAGAAUGAGAUGGCCCAUUACGCUGUGGACUGCUGGGAUGCUGAGCUGUUGACUACAUCCGGCUGGAUUGAGUGUGUUGGCUGUGCCGACCGCAGCGCAUACGACUUGAAUGUCCACGCGAAGAAGACUGGCGCUGCUCUUGUUGUGCGAUCUCGCUUGGACGAGCCCAUCACCAUUGAGGAGUGGGAGGUUGACGUCGAGAAGAAGAAGUUCGGUCCCCUGUUCAAGAAGGACGCAAAGACCGUCGAGGCCGCCCUCAUGGCCUCUUCGCAGGCGGACCGUGAGAAGCUUGCCAAUGAGCUGAAGGACAAUGGCAAGGCCACGAUCACGGUGGAAGGCUACGGCGACGGCAAGGCGGAGAUUCCUAGCGAUGCCAUCCGGAUCGAGUUCCGCAAGCGUGUAGAGCAUACUCGCGAGUUUACCCCCAACGUCAUCGAGCCGUCUUUCGGCAUUGGCCGCAUCCUGUAUGCGCUCAUUGAGCACAACUUCUGGACUCGUGGCAGCGAGGGGACCGACGAGGCCCGUGGUGUCUUGUCUUUCCCACCCCCGGUUGCUCCCACAAAGGUUCUGAUUGUGCCUUUGUCGUCCAACCAGUCGUUCAAGCCUCACCUCAAAAAGCUCUCGCAACGCCUGCGCAGCAUCGGCAUCUCCAGCCGUGUGGAUGACUCGUCGGCGAGCAUUGGCAAGCGUUACAGCCGUAACGACGAGCUUGGUACUCCCCUGGGCAUCACCAUUGAUUUCCAGACCCUUCAAGACAACACGUUUACUCUGCGUGACCGUGACUCGACGAGCCAGGUGCGCGCUGAGGAAGAUAAGAUCGUCGAGGCCAUCAAGUCACUGGUGGACUCGAGCAAGACCUGGGCGGAUAUCCAGAAGGAGCUUCCCGCAUUCGAGGGUCAGGAGGUUGACGUUGCUGUGAGGGAGAAGUAG